UUUGUCAUUAAACAGAGUUGAAUUGUUAUGCAGCAUUGAAAAUGAUGGCAUUUGAAAGAGCUGGGUUGUGCAGGAUCUUUUGAACUCUAUAACUUUUUAUAAACGAAUAUCCUUGUGUUGUAAUUUAAGGAGGUAUUUCUUUAAAAGACUAUACCCAGACUUUAAGAAAUAUGCUCUGGUCGAGCUCAGGCACUGUUUACACAAUGGCAAGAAAGUGUUUGUGUUCACACAUCAUUGGAGAUGGAAAUGGUGUACGAAUUGGUUAUGGCUUCACUGUUAUUCUGAGGUUGAUGCUGGUUAAAGGUACUAUGUGCCUAUUAAGUUUCCAUGGCAGCUUUCUAGUAAAUAAUACGUUUUAAAGUAUAUAUGCUCAGAUUACUUUAAGAAUGACAAAAAAAAAAAAAAAAAAAAAGAUUGUGUAUUUUAAAGAAAGUGUAUUUUGUGCUCCACACUGUAAAAAAGAAUUGUUGGUUUAACUUAAAAAAAAGUAAGUUACCUGAUUGCCUUAAAAUUUUGAGUUUAUUGAAAUUAAAUAUUUGAGUUAAUACAAUGAAGGUGAUUGGUUUAAUCAACAGAAACUCAAGAUAUUAUGUUAUCUGAACCACAUUAAUUAUGUAAGUUGAUUUGACAAAAGAACAAAUGUUGUGAUAAAUCAUGAAAAUAAUUUUUUACAGUGCAGGGUACAUCCAAAUAACCUGUAAUAAAUCUGUCACUAAUUCUUCAUUGCUUAAAACUUUUUCAAAGACGUGUGGUUCAUUCAGUAUAGAACUAUCCAACAUACUGUUGGAUAGUUCUGACACUAAAUUCUGAUUUGAUGAGCCACAGUAUAAAAUCUUGUUAAAUUCACACCUGUGAUCUUUAUUAAACUAAUUUAUUAUGUUGCUUGCCAACAGUAAACAGCCUACAGUUGAAGUACUUGGAAGAAGAAUAGUUCAUUCUGCUUAUUAUCGAUAAUAAAUUUAAAGGGGUCCUGUAAUGCCCCUUUUACAAGAUGUAAUAUAAGUCUCUGUUGUCCCCAGAAUGUGUCUGUGAAGUUUCAGCUCAAAAUACCCCACAGAUUUAUAAUACCCCACAUUUAUUAUAGCUUAUCAAAUUUGCCCCUAUUUGAGUGUGAGCAAAAACAUGCCAUUUUUGUGUGUGUCCCUUUAAAUGCAAAUGAGCUGCUGCUCCCGGCCCGCUUUCCAGAAGAGGGCGGAGCUUUAACAGCUCACGCUUUGGUUGCUCAACAACAACAAAGCUGGAGAAUCUCAAGCAGCCAAAAUGAGGAUUGUCAGUAACGGUGUUCAGCCUUACAUUGUUCAAACCGGAGUCGACACUGAUGGAGAGACUCAGGAAGAAGUUACAACUUUUAGAAUGAAACUGGACGUUUCUGAAUGAUUGCCCUGCACCAUGAAACUCACUGUAGUUCUUCUGCUCUCUGUCUGCUGUGUGCUAUUUAAACACAACUGUGAAGCCCAAGUUUCAUUUUCCUCAGUAGAAACAUCUCCAACGCCCUCAGCCAGUAACUGCACGUGUGAACUUGGCCAUGGAAAAUGUGCUGAAAACGGUGACUGCAGGUGUGAUCCAGGGUGGGGUGGGCCGCGAUGUGAAGACUGUGUGCGGAUGCCCGGAUGUGUCCAUGGCACCUGCCAUCAGCCCUGGCAGUGCACCUGCAUGGACGGGUGGGCAGGGCGAUUCUGCGACAAAGAUAUUUACGUGUGCUCUACAGAGCAGCCGUGUCAGAACGGGGCUACUUGCGUCUUGAAUGACUCGGGGGAUUAUAGCUGCUUAUGUCCUGAAGGCUUUCAUGGGCGGGACUGUGAACUAAAAACCGGGCCUUGCCAAAAGACCAAGUCCCCCUGCAAGAAUGGCGGUCUGUGUGAGGAUCUGGGUGGUUACGCUCCAGAAUUGUCUUGUCGAUGCCUGGCUGGCUUCACGGGGCCCCACUGCGAGACCAACAUGGAUGACUGCCUGAUGCGCCCCUGUGCCAAUGGCGCCACCUGUUUGGAUGGCGUGAACCGUUUUUCCUGCCUGUGCCCUGUGGGUUUCACCGGCCGUUUCUGCACCAUCAACCUGGACGACUGCGCCAGCCAGCCCUGCCUCAAUGGAGGACGCUGCAUAGAUCGAGUCUCAACCUUCCAGUGCGUCUGCCCUCCAGGUUACACCGGAAGAACUUGUGAGAUUCCCGUCUGGGAGUCGGGAUCUCAAGCGGUGUCUCCGUUCAGGGGCGAAGAAGACAGAGUUACACAGAGCAAGUCUGCUCCGGGCAAUCACUCCCAUUGGACCACUCCUAAUGGGGAUGAGAGACGUUCAUUCAAAAUAUCAGUGGUGACUCAGCAUGGGGCGGAAGGGCUGUCAGAGUUGCAGCUCAUCAUCCUGCUGGUGUUGGGGGGCAUGACUUUGGCCGUGGUGGCAGUAACAGCUGGUCUGGUGCUGCGUGGACAUUGCCAGGACCGAUCGGCUCGCUGCCAGUGUAGACCAGCCCCCACUCACCAUCGCCCAUUCCACCGAUGUCGGACGCAGCGGCAGCACUCUGUGCCUGCGCAACAGGAAUGCAAGAUCAGUUUCCUCCAGUCUCCGGCUCCAGCCGAGCUUGAGAAGAAGAGGCUGAACACCGACAUCAUUUAGCCGCAGAGAUCGUGCAGCUGCUCUUGUUGAAGUAAAAGGCCACUUCUGACCACUCAAAGCUACUGAUGAAUCUGAGAGUCGGCCACUGAAUGCAGGUGGUCAUUAUCCAGAGCGAUUACACAGAAAUAAAGAACCAAUUAGUAGUUUUAUUUUAAUUAUCAAUGCCACAAGUGGGGCAUGUACUGCUGAGGGAACAUUAGGUCAGUUAGAGUCAACAUGAAAUCAGUAAUGCUCGUACAUGGUCUUGGAACAUUAUUCCGAAGAUAAGAAAUGUUUGUCUAUGUAAUAUUUUGUCAAAAAUGUAACAACUUGUUCUGCCUCUAAAAAACGUUUUGGCUGAUCUCACAAAGCACUAUUUUUGAUGGAACCGAGAGGUGACUUAGUGCCUUUCUUAGUCUAUUUCUUCCCCCAAAAUUAUCUUUUCUCUGAAAACUUUUUUUUUUCUAUUUUUUUUUUUUGCACAGAAAUAAUUGGUAACAUUUUACAGUAAGGUUAGUUAACAUGAAAAGUCUUUUAUUUAAUUAAAACAAGCAUUUAUUAUUAAAAAAGCAUUUAUUAAUCUUAACAUACAUUCCAACAUUUACUAAUACAUUAUUAAAAUCUUAAGUUGUAUGUUAAUAUUAUUUGGGGUAAUACUUUAUUUUAAGGUGACGUAGUUACACGUUACUACAUGUCGUUACUAUAGUAAAAACAGUAAAUUAUGCAUAAUUACAAGUAACUAACACCAAAUAAAGCCCAAGCCCUAAUCCUUAAAGUAAGUACAUGUAGUUUGUAUUAACUAACAUUAACAAAGAUUAAUAAAUACUGUAACAAAUGUAUUGCUCAUUGUUAGUUAAAGGGUUAGUUCACCCAAAAAUGAAAAUUCUGUCAUUAAUUACUCACCCUCAUGUCAUUCCACACCUGUAAGACCUUCGUUCAUCUUCGGAACACAAAUUAAGAUAUUUUUGAUCAAAUCCGAUGGCUCAGUGAGGCCUGCAUCACCAGCAAUAACACUCCCUUUUUCAAUGCCCAGAAAGCUACUAAAAACAUAUUUAAAACAGUUA